AUGCAAAGAGUUAGGCUGUCAUCUCAACAGUCACCUGUGCAUAAGUUAGGGGAUUCACAAAUGACACUAUCCCCCAAAUUCAGAUUAGCAGUGAUUCAGUCUUCAUUGUUGAACCCUUCGCCGGAGUUCGAGUCGUCGCUCCAAAUGGAGCCUCUUAUACCUGGCCUUCCAGAUGAUGUUGCAUUGAAUUGCCUCCUCCGGCUCCCGGUGAAGAGUCACUCCACCUGUAGGGCUGUCUGCAAGCGAUGGCAUUUGCUUCUGGGGAGCAAAGAAAGGUUCUUUACUCGCAGAAAGGAAUUAGGGUUCAAGGAUCCAUGGCUGUUUGUGUUUGCAUUCCACAAGUGUACUGGAAAGAUACAAUGGCAGGUUCUUGAUCUCACUCACUUGUCCUGGCACACCAUCCCGGCAAUGCCUUGUAAAGACAAGGUUUGCCCUCAUGGAUUUCGGUGUGUCUCCAUGCCUCAAGAGGGCACCCUCAUUGUCUGUGGGGGAAUGGUCUCUGAUGUCGAUUGCCCACUUGAUUUGGUUCUGAAGUACGAACUGCAGAAGAAUCGUUGGACAGUGAUGAACCGAAUGAUCGCUGCAAGGUCAUUUUUCGCCAGCGGAGUGAUCGACAAUAUGGUGUAUGUAGCUGGGGGGAACAGCACUGAUCUUUUCGAGCUCGACUCCGCAGAAGCUUUUGAUCCUGCGAAUGGGAAAUGGCACGGCAUUGCAAGCAUGGGUACCAACAUGGCGUCUUAUGACACUGCAGUUCUCGGUGGCAAACUCCUGGUAACAGAAGGCUGGUUGUGGCCAUUCUUCGUGUCCCCUAGAGGCCAGGUUUAUGACCCGAGAACCGAUCAUUGGGAGAAUAUGGCUCCAGGGUUGAGGGAAGGUUGGACCGGUUCCAGUGUGGUGGUGCACGGUCGAUUGUUUGUGGUGUCUGAGCUGGAGAGAAUGAAGCUGAAAGUGUAUGACGAGGAAACGGAUUCAUGGGAGGCGAUAGAUGGACCGGUGUUGCCAGAGCAGAUAUGCAAACCCUUUGCAGUGGGUGCUUGUGACUGCAAGAUAUACGUUGUGGGGCGGAAUCUCGACGUGGCGGUGGGAUAUAUAGCCAGGAAGGAGGAAGCGGAGGAGGCCAAGAAGAAGAAGGAGAGUUGUGAAAGGAAAUGGAGAUUCAGUGUGGAAUGGGAUGUGGUAGAUUCCCCAGAUGGGUUUUCAGACCUGACACCUUCAAGUUCGCAGGUGCUGUAUGGAUAG